GAGUGCGCGUGCGCGUGCGCUGGUCCGGGCAGCGUUCAAUGCAUCUGCCGGCGGCAGCGGCCGACCAGGGCAGCAAGCAGCAGCCGCCGCGUGAACAGCAGACGACGACGACGCACCGCGAGUCGUCCUCGCAUCGGCGUCGCAGGAUGGCCGAAAUGGUGCUGCCCGGUGAACGGGCCCUUACCCAGGUGCUGGCAGAGCACCCGGGCGAACUGAUGCGUACGGGAAGCCCCAACUUGGUGUGCUCGGUGCUUCCCAGCCACUGGCGCUCCAACAAGACGCUACCGGUGGCGUUCAAGGUGGUCACCCUCGGGGACGUUUGCGACGGGACCCUGGUCACGCUGCGUGCGGGAAACGAUGAAAACUACUGCGCCGAACUGAGGAACGCUUCGGCCGUUGUCAAGAAUCAAGUGGCCAAGUUUAACGACCUCAGGUUCGUCGGCAGGAGUGGAAGAGGCAAAAGCUUCACCAUCACCAUCACACUGAGCACGAACCCGCCGCAAGUGGCCACAUACACCAAGGCCAUCAAGGUCACCGUCGACGGACCCCGGGAACCACGCAGUAAGACGCGCCAACAGCAACAGUUGAGGGCGUUCGCAAGUGCGUUCGGUCAACGACCCCCGUUUCUGGACCCGCUACGCGAAUGGGAUCACCUUCGGAGGAAAACGGCCGAGCAGUGGGCGCUGGAAAUCCCACGGAGGAUACCCGGUGCAGGAGCCCACCACGACCCCAGCCAAGUUCUGCACCUGGGCACAGACCCGCACUGGGGUACGUACCAGCACUACUCGACGUACCUGGCGGCGGCCGGCCCUUUCGUCACCGCUCCUCAGGCCCUGGGGCUCGAUGGGUCGGGGCCGGCCCCCGGUGGAGACGGGUCACCUUCUUCCUGCCCUUCCAGCGGGGCCUCGGCGCUCACGCCUGGCGACCGAUCGAACGGCUCCAACAGCAGCAGCAUGACCGGCGGCGGAGGCGGAGGAACGGGAGGAACCAACGGCCCUGCCAGCGGCGGCGGGGAUCCGCCUCCGCCGUCGGCCGCUGCUGCAGUGGCAGCCGCGGCCAACCUGGGACUCAAGGUGGACCCGCUGCUGCUGGGCCGAUACGGGAGCGCCGUCGACCUGUGCCUCUCCGACAGGCUCUCCGAACUGCGCCAGGGGCUCGCCGGGGUCAACGGCGGGUCGGCGUUCGCGCACCAGCCCACCACCACAACCGGAAGCUUAAUGGCGACGACCGCAGCAGCCCCGUACCUGAGCCACGCCGCCGCUGGCUACGCCGCUGGACUGCUCGGCCCGCACGGCUACUACACCAGCGCCAACGGCGCCACUUGGCCUCCCGCGCUCGCGCCGACGCUGCUCUACCCUCAACUCUACGGUGGCGCCGUGGGCCAGCAGAACGCCGCGGCGGCGGCGGCCGCUGCCGCUGCCGCAGCGGCAGCCGCGGGCCUGCACCCGGGUCUGCAGCUGCUGCGCAACGAACUGCGGGCCGCCAGCCUGCACGGCGGCGGCCACCACCAGCCGCUGGGCGGCGGCGAGUCCUCGUCUCCCGACCGGUCCGCCACGGCGUCGCCCAUCAUGGACAGCGACCUGAGCUGUUCCUCGCCGAAGCACGCCCGCUCUCAGGACGACUCGGACCGGAGCGUCUCGCCGCCGCCCCUGCCUCUUCCGAUGCCGAUGCUGGACGAGGUCGUGGCGAGGAAGAAGCCCUCGCCGCUCACAGCCACGACGUUGACGUUGGCGGAUGGUGCGACGUUAAGCAAAGCGGCCGGGGCCGGCGGUGUCGCCGCAGUCACUCCUCCCGUGCUCCCGCUCGUGGUUCCCCCGCCUCCUAGUGUUGUGAGUGGUGCACGGACAGGUGGACUGGUGACGACGACGACCACGCCGACGGCGGCGGCGCUGCUGUCGGCGUCGGGCGCUACGGCGGCGACGCGGGGUUCUUCUUCUCCGACGGCGAACGCGGCGACCAACGGACACAGUGGCAGUGGUGAUUCUUCGCUCUGGAGACCGUACUGAAGGAGAAGGGAAACGUGAAACCGCGUUGUGCGUGUGCGAACAAAGUGCCGCUGACGCUAUGAGAGAGAAGAGAGGUGCAGUGCCAUCAGUUGUACAUAGGUGUCUCCCAGCACGCCGAGGACGUUCUCUGAGACAAUGCGUGUUUACUUCUAUUUUUAUCAUACUGUGCGGUGAGAAAAAUUCGGCUGCGCUCCUGUGGCUUUUCUUCCGUGUCGCCGACGGUAGCUGCUGGCUGGUUGGCAAAUGUUCGAGUUGCCAAGUCACUCGGUGCAAGGUUCGUUAAAACGUACGCAGAAAAGUAAAAGAAAUUUAACGCUUUCUCGCUUGAGGGCUUCGCGAAGGUCAGCCUGUGUGUAUUUGCAGGGCCCGAGACCAAUUCCUGAAAAAAGCAAACUGUAAAAUUUUAUGAACAAUUCAAUUAUUUCGUAAAUGUUGUCUGCAUGCCCACAUUUGCCAAAGUCACGUGCUCUCAUACCCGAUUCUAUACUUGGCUCGUUGAUGCCGGUGUUAUGAGUUUAAUAGCAUCCGAGAUCGCGCCGAAGAAUCUCCAGAUUGAUAACAAUUAGGCGUUUAAAAAAUUAUCGGGCACAUGAUCGCGCGAAUGUCUUCCAAAUCUAGCAAGAAAUUGGCUGCUUGGCUUUUGAAACCUCGGCCAUCAUUCAGAAAGCGCUGCUACGGUGAAGUGGUUCGAAAAGCAGGCACAACCAAUUGUGAUAGCUGUCAUACUACUAGCGAAUGUGAUCAGCCAGUUACCAAACCAUUCUUAGAUACGAAAAUCUCUGCGCACUUUCCCGACCACUGUCGGCAUACGAAUUGCUUUGUGAGUUCAGGAGGUGAUUUCUUGCAGCCACAGGCUUUACAGCCUCCAAAAUCAAACGUUCGAAAGCUGCAGGUGCUAUGUCGAAAGCUGAAACAGCGACGCAGAGUGCAGGAACGAUAAAAAAAGAAAACAAUAUUUCGAGAAGGACGAGGUCAUGGCAGCUAGAGGCGAACGUAUACAAGACCACUCGGUGCGACGGAUUCACUCUUUAAGCGCGAGAGUCGUCUAACGACAUAAGCUAUCUAACGUCGACCGAAGAUGCCACAGGAACGGCGGCAAGCCGGCUUUUCAGGAUGUGGGCAGAACAAAACAGAACGUAAAAUGAAGGCAGGGACGGGAACAGCUACACGGAGCGCAGAGGCGUUUGUGUGCGAGUGAGCGCGUGUGCUUGCGCGGUGGCGACCGGGGUUGCACAUUGUCUGCGCCUAAGAAGAAGAAGAAGAAGCGCCGUUUCUUCGGAGGGCGCAAAUCCGUUCAACUGCGGCGAAGUGUUGUAUUGACAGAGGGCGCUGUGUACGGAGCCGGUGAACUGGGUAGGGGGCAAAAGGAGGCUGGCCUCUUUGUGUACAUAAUGUGAGGGCAGCGGUGGGAAAGAGGGAGUAAGACAGCGAAAAAAAAAAGUACGAGGCAGGUAGCGAGGGCAUGGGGGGGAUGGGGAAGGAGGUUCGAGCAACGACUUCGCCGCUGCCGGUAUCCUCAUCUUGUCGUCUGGUUGAAUUUCGUGUUCCUUUUUUUGUUUUAUUGCUUCUUGAUCUCGGAGUCAGGGCGUGCACGAAAGCGCGCCUUCCUAGACGUAUGUCACGCGUGACGAGGCUGUUACAAUUUUUUUUUUGCUUUCUCCAUUGGCGGUCCACUCGUCCAGCGCGCCUGUAUUCUCUGGCGAUGAGCAAGGAGAAAGAGGGACUUCUUUUAUAUGACGUGUAUAUUUAUAGACGCACAACACGACAUGGACGCACGAUGUCAAGUCUGGAACACAUAUACGAGUUGAAAAACGAGAACAGAACCAGAAAAAUCGAAGGAGAAAUGUCGCGCGUCGUGUGGAGGUCUGGGUGAAGUUGGCGUAUAAAUAAAUAAAGAGAAUGUUUU